AUGGAGCGCUCUAGCAAGCUGGCCGAUCUUAAGCUCGUUUCCAAGUACUACCCUGUCACCAACUACUCAUAUCCUCAACAACCGGAACGCCCAUCAUCCUAUACCAGAAGCCGCUUCUCUGACGAUAGGGCGUCAUUGGGAUCCGAAGGGUCUUCGCCCAGUCUUAUCGACGACAGGACAGAUUCGGAAGCUUCCCUGGAUGACGACUAUCAAUAUCAUACUCAUGCUGCCGAGCUUUGGGAUAGCUUCUGGCUUCCCAAUAAGGCCGGUAAAAAUGAGCUUCACUCACGAAAGCAAUGUCCGGCACAGACGCCACCUGCCCAACAACAGCAGCAGCAACAACAACAACAACAACAACAACAACAGCAGCAGAACCAACAAAGGCAAGCAGAACAAUAUCGUAUCACUCCUUGGCCUCUUUCCGAGCACUCUCGGAACCGGACUCGAAAGCCCAUCACAACUUAUUCCCCCUUCCCAAAGCCAUUGCCACUCCCACCUCGAACUACACCACAGGUUCCAUCAUGGCAAUGCUCUCGAGAUGUGAGGCAAAAGCCCCAACGCCCGCCUCGCCCACAUGACGAAGUCUACGUUUUCCGUUCUCUACAGAACUCGCCCCUUGUUGCACACUUUGCUGUUUCUCAUGAUUCCCCCCGUCCCAUCACACCAAGGCAUGAACGUCCAACAACUUCGCAAGAGAUGCGAACCUCUACGCCAACAGAGGCUGGUUCAUACUUUGAAACCGCCGCGCGCCAUUCUGCCGUACAUCUUUGUCCUUUCAAGCCCCAGCCACCCGCCUCCGUCAUGCUCUCAAAGAAGUCCCUCCCUUGCAUGCGACCUCUUCCGCCAACGCCUCAACCGGAGGCGGAAGAGGAACCGGGUGCCGAGCCCCACUCUGUCUUUGAGUACGAUGAUGACUCUGAUACUGAAUCUGGGAGUCUCUCGUUCUGGUUUCAUCGUCGAUCAGGAAGUGACCAACGGAAGAUGGCGGGCCAUCGGACUGCACCUUCAUCACCACGAAAGCGACAAAACGAUGUAAUAGGGCGAAUGUUAGGACGGCGCAGCCGGGGAUGA